CUGAACUGAUUGGCUGUCCUCUGGUGGGUUCUGUGCUACAAGUAUCUGCUGCCUUUGACUAAAGAAAACUAAACAAUUUGGUUUCUAUACUGUGUUCUCAUACUCAGUGUGCUCUUUCAGGAAGCUGCCUGGACUUUUGGUCAUGAGAGAUUUAUUUUUGCAGAGAUGUGAAGCUGAAGAAUUAGAAUUUCUGAGGGUAUGUCUGGAGAUCAGGGACUGGUGCUGCUGGACAAACUUGUGAUCAUUUAAAGAGAUGCAUUUAUCAACUUAGAGAACUGAAUUGUAGCCUGUGGGCAGGCAAGGAAACUGUGAAUGCACUGACAUUUCCAGAAUGUCCCUGAAAAGAUAAAGCUGCUCAGGUGUAGAUCCUGUCUAGGUAUUUCACAAUGAAUUCAUUGUCACAGGUGUAAGUGUAUCUGAAUAAAUCCUUGGCACUGAGUGGUCACCAUCACCUGGAAGAGCCUUUGGGGGGAAAAAAAGCAUGCCCUUAAACAAGUGCAAGAUGGCUGUAGUACAUUUCUUGAAAUUAUAUUUAAAUAAAACAUCCAAAAUAUGUUUGAUGCUUGUAUCUUUUGCAGUUCUUGAGCUCCAGGUGUGUGUUGUUAUUUUUCUUUUGAUUGCUUUAUAGGUUUUGGACUGAGCGCAAGAUAUUGAAGGCCAGCAAGAUUUGCACCACCCUGUCUCAAAAAAUUCUGCAGCACUCAGGGAUAAUUGAUCCACAAGUUGACCUUUUUGACUUCUGACAGAUUUGAUUUGCCCUGCCUCCCACUCAGAACAAAGUUUAGUUCCCCCUGCAAGCCUCGCCUUCAUUUUCUCUCUGCUGAUGUUUAAAUGAGGGAGAGAUGAGCUUUGUUUCCCCUCCCUUAACUACUCCAGAGAAACGAAACCCCGAGGAUCAGGUGGCUCCUCCUUGUAGCACCUCUUUAAAUAAUAACGAUCCUCGUGGGCACCUGAAGCUGGAGGAGCCGUGGUGUCACCCCUCAGCCGGGUCAGCGGGCUCGGGUGUCCCAGUUAAACUCUGCUGCUGUCACUUAAUGGGAAAUGCAGCUGCUUUGCUGAAAGAUCAAUGUCCAAUAAAGGCUGCACAAUCAAAUCUUGUUGCAAUGAUUGAGGUGCUUAAUUGCCUUUCAAAGAUAAGGUGGUAAUCAACACACGUUCAGCUGAUCUUUUUUACCGCUUCAAUUACACUCUAAUGGCAGAGCCAAGGCAGGAUCUUUAACUACUUAUACUUAUUAAAUCUUACGUGGCUUCUGAAAAAUUACUUAAGCCCUGCAAUCGAUAAAGCCCAGCUCUUAAUUACUAUAUUUCACUUUUAGGCCUUUUUGUAUGCUUGAUAAAUGUUUCACCUGAGACUCCACGGUGCUAAUGAGUUACCCCAAGAAAUGCCCUUUGCUGCUGCUGUCUCCAAAUUGUGCUUAAACAUCGCCUAGAAACUGGUGCAGGGAGGAAGCAGGGAUGGUAAAUUGAAUUUGGUGAACCAAGAGCUGGCACAGAGAUCCUGAUUCCUCCAGGUGUGUUUUACACUCAGGGCCUGAAUUACAGGAGGAUGGAUCGUGGUUGGACCGGGCUGGUUUCAGCUGCAUCCCUGACAGACGGGCAGGACUCAGAGAUGGCAGAGUUGUACCUGGACAUCGACCCCGGAGAGACAGAACGUGGAGGAGCCGUGAUGUGUGUGAGUGACACUGCUGGCACCACUGCCCCGAGCCCUUCCCUCACCUGCUCCUGCAGGCCUUGGGCUGGCCCAGAGCCCAUCCCAGUGCCUGUCCCACAGCCCAUCCAGCGCCCAUUCCCAGUGCUUGUUCCCAGUGCCCAACCAGUUCCCAUUCCUGGUGCUCAUUCCCAGUACCUAUCCCAGUACCCAUUCCAGUGUCCAUUCCCAGUGCCUGUUCCCAUUGCCCAUUCCUGGUGCCCAUCCCAGUGCCUGUUCCCACUACCCAUUCCCAGUGCUCCCAGCACCCAUUCCCAGUGCCCAUUCCCAGAGCCUGUUCCCAGUGCCCAUUCCAGUGCCCAUUCCCGUACCCAUUCCCAGAGCCUGUUCCCAGUGCCCAUUCCAGUGCCCAUUCCCGUACCCAUUCCCAGUGCCCAUUCCCAGAGCCUGUUCCCAGUGCCCAUCCCAGUGCCCAUUCCCGUACCCAUUCCCAGUGCCCAUUCCCAGAGCCUGUUCCCAGUGCCCAUUCCAGUGCCCAUUCCCAGUACCCAUUCCCAGUGCCCAUUCCCAGAGCCUGUUCCCAGUGCCCGUUCCCGUACCCAUUCCCAGUGCCCAUCCCAGUGCCCAUUCCCGUACCCAUUCCCAGUGCCCAUUCCCAGUUUGCUCCGCAGGGACAGCGAGGCAGGGAUGGGCAGAGCCGGGCACGGAAGCCCCGAGCCUAACCCUGAGCCAGCACCGCCGUGCCCCUCCCCGUGUCCCGAGUGCCACAUUCGGGCAUGCCCGGGCACUUCCAGGGGCAGCGACUCCCCGAGCCCCGCGGGCAGGUUAGGGCAGCGGGCACGGCCCGGAGUUCGUGUUUGAGCCUAUGUCUGUGUUUGUGUUUGAGUUUUUGUGUUGGUGUUUGUGGUGGGACGGCCCGCACCGAGCCCCGGCCGGGGCAGCCCCAGGCCGUCCCUCCGCAGCCCGGCCGCGCCGGGAGCUCCGCACCGCUUCCAGCGGGAAUCCCGGCCCGGCUGGAUUCGCCUUUCGCUGCGCUUUUGCUGUCAGAACAGCAGGCACAGAGAGAGGAAAGCAAUC